AUGGACGUUACCAACCUCGAGGCCGCUUUCGAGCGCAUUACUGUCAAUGACGAGAACGACGACCAUGCUACUUAUCACAAAGCAAAGGCUUCUGUCGCCACCGUAUCGUUAACUGGUCUCUCCGCCUCACAAUCAGCCGCAAACCGAAUGAAAAUGCCACUACAGAAACUCGCUGCAUCGAAUUCAGCAAAGAUAGUCAACGGGAACAUUGCAAAGGUCACAGUAACAGCCUCAUCAACACAACCCGGCGGGAACCCAGGACACCGCCGCACACUCACGGAAUCUGCACUUUACUCUCAGUCCACUACUACUAAGCAAUGGCACUUGGGCAUGUUCGAGAUCGGAAAGCCUCUUGGAAAGGGCAAGUUCGGGCGUGUCUACCUAGCCAAGGAGCGCUCGUCAGGCUUCGUCUGCGCGCUCAAAGUCCUGCACAAGAACGAGCUACAGCAAGGCAAGGUCGAAAAGCAAGUGCGCCGCGAGAUCGAAAUCCAAUCUCACCUCGCACACCCCAACAUCCUCCGACUUUUCGGCCACUUUCAUGACGCUAAACGUAUCUUCCUCAUUCUCGAGUUCGCCGGUAAAGGUGAGCUCUACAAGCAUCUGCGCCGCGAGCAGCGCUUCCCCGAGCCAAAAGCCGCACAGUACAUCGCGCAAAUGGCCGCCGCCCUCAAGUACCUCCACAAGAAGCACGUCAUGCACCGGGACAUCAAGCCGGAGAACAUCCUCGUAGGUAUCCACGGCGAAAUUAAGAUAUCCGACUUUGGUUGGUCGGUCCACGCGCCUAACAACAGGAGAAACACCAUGUGCGGCACGCUCGACUAUCUCCCACCAGAGAUGCUGACGGGAAGGGGCAAAGAUAACUUCUACUCUGAAAAGGUUGAUCUGUGGAGUUUGGGUGUGCUGACAUAUGAGUUUUUGGUGGGAGAGGCGCCGUUUGAGGAUACGCAGGUUAUGACGCAGAGGAAGAUUGUACGGGGGGAGUACACUGUGCCUAAUUUUGUGAGCCCUGAAGCAAGAGAUCUGAUCAAGAAGCUACUGGUCCUAGAUCCAGAGAAGCGUAUCGCCCUCGAAGACGUCGAGAGGCACCCCUGGAUCGUCAAGCACUGCAAGGGUAGCGAGCGGGCGUACGACCGUGCCUCAGGCGGCAAGUUCCGCAGCAGCUCGGAGCGAGAGAGCUGA